AAGGCUUCAUUCAUCGUUGUCUUUUCGGCAUUGAAGUUUUGGUGUAGUUUCAGUUGCAGUUCGAAAAACUCGAAGCCAUGGAUGAAAAUUCGGAUCGUCCUGUCAGGAUUAUGAACUUUGUCUCCGAAGAUCAAUUGGUAGAAGCAAAAAGAACAAGGGGAGAACGAGUUGACGACGGCACUGCUCAGAGGGAUAGACCUCUCUACGAGAUUCUGAAGGAGAAUAAGGACAAGAAGGAUGCGGAAUUUAAUGAAAGAUUCAAGCACAGACCACCUAAAGCUUUAGAUGAAGACGAGACUGAAUUUCUUGAUAAUUAUGAAGCAUCAAGAAGGGAAUAUGAUCAAAAAGUGGCAGACGAGGAAGCCGAGCAAAUCCGUAGCUUUCAAGCAGCAGUGGCAGCGCAGUCCAACAUUGUGCACGAAGUUAAGGAAAAAACCCCUUUACCUAAGCUCCAGGAAGAAAAAUCUGGCAUUGGAAAGAAGAAUCCAGCCUCUCGCCCAUUAGGCAUGAUUAUAAAAGUCAAGCCCCAAACUAAAAAAGCCAAGGUGGAUGAAGGAAAUGCUGAGGAUUCUUCAAAGGCAGGAAACACUACUGUGAAUGAUAAGAGUAAGUCUUUAGAACCAGUGCAGUCAUUGAAUGGCCAAGCUGAUAAUUCCCGUGAACUUGCCCCAACUGGCCUUGUUCAAUACAGUGACGAAAGUGAUGAUGACUUGUAAUUUGAUAUGUUUUGAGAUGUUACAUGAUUUCCCUUUCUUUUUUCUUGUGGUCUUCAUUUUCCUUUUUAUAGCACCCAUGCUUCUUCAUGCAUAUAUUAUAUUCAGGAUGGCGGA